AUGCUUGGCGGUAACGACACAGACAGCAAUGCGGAAAGCCUGCCGCCCACGCCAGCUGCCUCAGCAAAGCGACGCCAGCGUCCAACCAUUCGUCCUGUUCACGACAUUGCUCUCUUGAAAGAGGCCAUCGCGAUCUUCCGUUACGGCAAACCACGGUCGGCAAAGCAGGAGGCGUGGAUGCAGAUCGCUCACAACAACAACACCGCAGUUGAGGCUACAUUGAGAUCCUAUGAAACCAGCGACAAUGAAUAUGUUGGUGGCGGAGACUAUGUACCCUAUUGUUCCAAAUUUCCACGAUCGCAUCUCCCGUACGGAGAUCUUGGCUUGCUUUCAAUGCUUUCCGAUGUCCGAGAUGUCCGCCGCGAGACUUGGAUGUCUGGCAUUGGUUCAACGCGGUCCAAUCCUGUUGCUGUCACUACCCUCUCACAACGGCUCGUUUUUCGGUCAGCGGUUCUGGAAAAAUCUGGGAAAUGA